UUUUUAAAACUGUUUCAACGAUUUAUAUCAAUGAAUAUUUAUUAUAGGUACAUGGAGAAAAUGUAGUUUUUAUAUGGCUGGUAGAGAGUAUGAAUUGUACCUCCAGAAAGAGGAUGUCAAACAGGAGAUCAGAAGGGAGCUGAAAAUCAAAGAAGGUGCUGAGAAUUUGCGAAGAGUUGCAACAGAUGCCAAAACUAGAGGCAGUGUAAGCAACAUACUUCAGAAGACCGAUGCAAAUCUACGCAAACUUCAGGAGGAGCUCAAUGAACUACAUGCUCAAGUUGCUCAAGAGACAGCAGAAUUCAACCACCCUCGCAAGAGUUACAGUACCGGCUCACUGGGCGUUGUCUCAGAACCCAGCGCUACUACCGCAGAAAUAGAGGCAGCUCUUAACGAUGUGGAAAAACAAAUAAUUCUGGAAACCAAGGUGAAGCAUGGAGCGGAGAAGAUGUUGAGGGAGCAUGAGAACAGUGGUAAUAAAGCUGUGAUUAACGAUACAGAACAAAUGCUAGCUGAUAGUAAACAGAAAAUUGUAGUUUUACAGAUGAAUAAGUUGAGGUUAGAGACGAGGCUGAACCACAUAGGACUGCACGUGACGAACGCUAAAAACUCUAACGAUGAGGAACUACCACCCGGCGGAACGACAGACAUACAGCUGGCUGCUCGCAUAGAGGAGAUCAGACACAGGAUACAAAUUGAAAGUAGGGUAAUUGUGGGGGCUAAGAAUAUCGUGAGAACGUUAAGUAGUACUGGAGGUAAAAACGCAAAUGAACAGAUCAAAAAAACCAUCGCUGAGGCCACGUCACAGGUGGAGGAGAGUGAGAGGAAAGUAGAGUUGUUCAGAGUAAGUCUGGAGGAACUGCUGGGUAUGGUCAGUGAACAGGCUCUCAGUAAGCGGAAACCUAGAACUGCUCCUUCAGCUCUUACCGGAACGCUGAAGAUCAAACUGGCGGGUAUAACAGGUGUAUACGAACCUCCUGACAAACCCUCGACUAAGUCCAUAUUCAAAAGGAAGAUCAGUUCCAGCUCUGAGAGCAAGAAGAAUGUUCUGGAUGGAAGAAACAGCGUCUCUGCUUCAGAUGAUUGCAGAUGUGCGUUCAAGUUGGACAAUAAUCUACAGUACCAGAGCGCAUGGAAAACACCACAUAAAACAUGCUACGACGAGCAGCACUCAUUUGAUCUGAGCAAGUCUCGAGAAUUAGAAGUGGAUGUAUAUUGGCGGCACUAUAAGCCCAUGGUGGGUGUUCUCUUCGUCAAACUUGAAGAUUUUCUCGACUACGAAAAGCGACUUAUUGAACUUCCGAUCGAGCCUUUUGGUACACUAUAUAUAGAAGUUACAUUCGAGAAUCCUGUAGUGGACCGGGCAGCCGGCAGAAUUAGACUUCAAAGGCAAGGCAAAAUAUUCCCCAAAAACAAAGCUGCAAGGAAUAUCCUGCGAGUCAACCAACUUAACACAAAUGUAACAACAUGGGCUCGUUUUCUGAAGAGAGCAAACGACGCGCUGGAAGGAGAAAGUAAUAAUCACAACCGGAUGGCCACCGAUAAGUCGCAUUUGGCAGUUAUUGUGGAUCAGACUGAGGAUCCUAACCUAAUACUCAAAAGGAGUCAGUCGACGCCCGCCCCUGUAAAGGGCAGAUCUAGCGAGAUCAUAUCAGACGGACAUGAGUCCGAUAACGGUGUCCAUUCUACUAUACCUGAGAUAACUUCCCCAGUUAAAAUAUUGCCAGAAAGUAUUCAAAUAUCAGACUUCAACUGCUUGUCUGUGCUUGGACGGGGACAUUUCGGUAAAGUUCUACUAUGUGAAUAUAAAAAAGGCAAAGAAGUGUUUGCUAUUAAAGCUCUGAAGAAGGGAGAUGUCAUUGCUAGAGAUGAAGUCGAAUCUUUGCUGAGCGAAAAGAGGAUAUUCCAGAUAGCGAAUCAGAACAAGCAUCCAUUCCUUGUGAACAUGCAUGCCUGCUUCCAGACAGAUUCCCACGUGUGUUUUGUGAUGGAGUACGCGCCGGGCGGGGACCUCAUGAUGCAUAUACACACGGACGUGUUCAGUGAGAGCCGCGCGUGUUUCUACGCUGCAUGUGUCGUGCUCGGGCUCCAGUAUCUCCACGAUAAUGCUAUUGUUUACAGAGAUCUAAAGUUGGACAAUUUGCUGCUGGACUAUGAUGGAUACGUGAAGAUGGCUGACUUUGGCUUGUGUAAAGAUGGCAUGCCCCAUGGUGCCAGAACCAGUACUUUCUGUGGAACCCCCGAGUUUCUUGCUCCUGAGGUAUUAACAGAGACAACGUACACGAGGGCAGUUGAUUGGUGGGGACUGGGGGUCCUCAUAUUCGAGAUGUUGGUUGGAGAGAGUCCCUUCCCUGGGGACGAUGAAGAAGAAGUGUUUGACAGCAUCGUCAACGAUGAGGUACAUUAUCCCAAAUUCCUAAGUAACGAGAGUGUUGCUAUAAUGAGGCGACUCUUAAGACGAGACCCUGAACGGAGGCUCGGAGCAAGUGAAAAGGAUGCUGAGGAUGUGAAGAAACAAGCUUUCUUCAGGCAGAUUGAUUGGGAGCAGCUCCUAGCCAGGAGGAUUACUCCUCCUUUUAAACCAAUUAUUCGAGGAAAAUAUGAUGUGAGUAACUUUGACGAGGAGUUUACGCAAGAAGAUGCGGUGCUGACGCCGCCACGGGACGCGCGCCCCAUCACGGCCGCCGACCAAGACCUCUUUUCAGACUUUGACUUUGUCCCACAGUGGAGUUUAUUCCACUGAAUAAGCCGGGUGUUGAGCCGCGCACACGUGCACAGAAACCAGCAUCACGUGAUAAGAUCUAGGCGUGAUUGUUAUUAUUCCUGGACUUUUCUAUAUGAUUGAUUGUCAGAAUUGAUGUUAAAUGAAAUUAAACUACAUAGCAUCAAGGUAACCUCGCAGUUUCGACGCGAUUACAGGUCGAUGAUCACAGGAUCAGUUUUAAUCAUUAAUUUAAGUACGUCUUACAAAUUGAGAAACGUUCUUCACUUAGUUAUUUAAAAGUAACUUUAUUCACUACCGCUUCACUUUUGUACAUGUAGCAGUAACUAAGUUUUUAAUCGUGUUAAAGUCAAGAGUCGAGACAUUAAUGAGCGCAAAUGAAUUUAAAAUAUCAGGCAGAUUUGGCUUAUUUUAUCUUCAAAUGUUUUAAUUUGCCAAAAUAUUGGUUUUAAUGAUAAUAAUCAAAAUCAAAUUUCAAGUUGUAAUAAUAUGAUAACAUUAACGUUCUUCACUUCAAUUGUUAACAGUGUUUAUCUUUCAAGACCUAUGGUGCUCAAGAUAUGAUCUUUAAAAUGUGAUGACCUUGAUUGAUUUUUGGACUGAAAUGAUAUUAAUAAACUGUUUGACGCCACCUUA